AUGAUACAGCCCGACGCGCACCCCGCGCUCGCCCUGCUCGUUAAAGAGGUGACACACCCUACACUCACUGUACUCGGCCGCGCUCGCCGCCAAGCGCGCGCUCGGCCGCUACCGCCUGCGCCCCGCCGGCCCGCGCCACAAGAUGAUACAGCCCCGACGCGCACCCCGCGCUCGCCCUGCUCGUUAAAGGUGACCUACCUGUACCCUACGCUCACUGUACUCGUUAGAGGUGACACACCCUACACUCACUGUACUCGGCCGCGCUCGCCGCCAAGCGCGCGCUCGGCCGCUACCGCCUGCGCCCCGCCGGCCCGCGCCACAAGAUGA